AUGGCCUCCCUCGGCGAGACUGCGGUGGAGAUGAGGAACUCCCUUGAACUUGAUGAAGUGCCGGCAAAGCUACGGUGCUGCAACUGCAACAAGCUCUGUAUUGAAGGCGUGAAGACUCCAUGCUGCGAGCAAAACGUCUGCGGACCAUGCUCGCUCGAAUUAGGCGACACCUGCCCCGUUUGCGGACACACACCCAUCGAUGGUAGCGCAUGUACCCCCAACAAGUCCCUCCGCGUGACCAUUAACGCGUUCAUCAAGACCGAGCUCAAGAAGAGGGAGAAGGCCGCAGCACCUCCGGUCACUACGCCAGUCGUGCAAUCGAUAGAAACGUCCGCCACUACUGGGGCAGCUGAGAUCUCCGAACUCCCUGCUUUGGAGCGGCCAUCGAGUGCACAGGGUGAGGUGGCUACUGGUGCAGAAGCUCCCGAACUUGAAAUCGCCGCGGCCGCCGUCGAGCCAGAUGCGAACGGCGACGAGGAAGAGUCGGAGUAUGACGAAGAUGAUGACGUGAAGAUCAAGACCGAUUACGAUGAACGUCAGCAUCAGCAAGAGCAGGAGCCAGCGAAGCAAGAUCCAGCCGUCAACGACCCGAACCCGCAACAGCAGAUGGUAAGUCAGGAGCAGCUCGCGGAGAACCUACAGGAGCAAGGCGACCAGCAACAGAAUGGUUACGAGAACUAUGACCAGCAGAGUCAGCAGAACGGCUUCGCAAACGGCGGCAUGAACAAUUUCAACAGUAUGGGCAGCUUCAACAUGAUGACCCCGAUGGCCAUGGGUGGUUUCGGUGGCAUGAUGCCAAACAUGAUGGGUAAGUUCCGAUCUCUCUUCCGUCCUCACAAACGAUCACAUUGGCUGAGACGUGCUUCGUCAGGAAUGUCCAAUAUGAUGGAUCCAUCGAUGAUGUUCAAUGCUGGUUUUGGAGGGAUGGGCAUGGGUGGCAUGAUGAAUAUGGGUAUGGGUAUGGGCAACGGCAUGGGUGGCUUCAAUCCAGGCAUGAUGAAUGGCGGCGGUGGCUACAACGGUGGUGGACCCAACAAUGGCUUCAAUGGCCCGAAUGGGUAUAACAACCAAAACUACGGAAACCAGAACCAGAUGAACCAAUCGUUUCGUAAUGAUCGUGGUUUUGGCGGCCGCCCUUAUGGUCGCGGUUUCAAUAACCGUGGUCGAGGCUUUAAUGGCGGCUUCAAUCGUGGUGGCCGAGGUGGGUAUGGUUUCCAGAACCAGAACCAGAACCAGAACCAGAACCAGAACUUCAACCAGCAGCAGCAGUACGGCCAACAGCAGAACCCGAAUAUGAUGAAUCAACAACAACCUACUGCGGACAUGUCUGAGCAGAGUGUGACUUCUGGUGGCCGUCGUGGUUCGCCUAGCUAUGAGCCAAUGGACGGUGGAAGCGUCGACGCCACGAAGACACCACGUGACCAAGACACGACGGAGAAGGGCCCCGAUACUACUACUAAUGAUACAGCUAACACUAACGAGACAGCUGCCGAGACUGACGAGCCGAAAAUGAAUGGAGAAGAGCAGAAUGAGCACUCUGCGGAGGUCGGAGAAGAUGACCAGGGUACAGCUCAGGUUGGUGCGCCAGAAGAACAAGCCAAUGGCGAUGCGUCAUUGCAGCAGAAUGGGUACGCCGACGAAUCGAUGUCGUUGAAUGGCAUGGACGCCUCUCACCAGGACCAAGCCUACGAAAACCAGCAGAACUACAACCAAAAUUCCACGUUCGGCCCUCGUGGUCGUGGUAAUUCCUUCCGCGGCCGAGGUGGCUUCAGAGGUGGUCGAGGAGGCUUCAAUGCUAUGCAAAGCGAGGCAACAGACCUCACUCCCACACCCGCGCCUCCUGUCAAUGCGCCGUCAGGUCCUAAAGCUAUGCGUGAGGGUCGACCUAACACGGGAUUCUUCGCUGCGAGGCAACAACAACAACAACAACAACAACAACAGCAACAGCAAGCCGCGGCUCUGGCUGCGCAACAAGCACAGGCGAGACAGACACCGUCGGUCGCGGCGAAGGAUGAGAAAGACUAUCGUGAGACGGAGUACGAUCAUCGCUCACGCUCGCGCUCGAGAUCGAGGGACAAGCAUCGUAGUUCUCGGCGUCAUAGGCAUCGAGAUGGGGACGAUGAGUACGAGACUGAAGAGCAACGUCGGCAUCGCAAGGACAAGGAGAGGGAGCGUCGACGUAAGGAUAAGCGUGACCGGGAGAGCAAGUACGACGAUGACGAGGAAGGCGAUCGGUCCAGUCGUCGCGGCGAUGGCAGAUCGAGAGAUGAAUCGAGGGAUGAUGAAGGUGAUAGGCGCGAAUCGAAAUCUCAUCGUGAUCGUGACGGGCGUAAGAGACGUCAUCGGUCGCGCUCGAGGUCGCCGGAGAAGGCUGUGGCUGGCGAAGAUGCUGGCUCGAGGCGGAAAAGCAAGAGCGAUCGUGGUGGGGGGAGUGGAAGAUAUGACGAUGAAGACAGUAGUCGGUCGCGCAAACACUCCUCGCGUCGAGAGGAGGGGUCCUCGCAUCGUCAUUCCCGCGAGAACGGCGCUCGGAACGGUAGUAGUAGGAGAGAAAGCGGGAUGAAAUCUGUCAUUGAGCCCGAGAGCGACGAAGUGGGGUUCAAGAUCAAGGGUUCCACUACGAACAACAACAAAUCUGCCGCCAUGCCACCGCCUUCUGGUCGUCGUGGUGGCGGACAUCAUGAUCGUCGGUCCAGCACGACGGAUUCCUCGGCCCCUGGUCUGCCGACUCCGGGCUCCAAUGAUCCGUAUGCUGAGGAGCGGGAGAAGAGGACUGCUGAGCGGGUCGCCAAGGAGCAAUCGCGGCGGUCUGGUGGUGGUGGUGGUGGUGGUGGUGGGAGUGGGAGUUCGUUGGGCAAGCGUAUGUCUAGGGAUGGGGAGGAGGAUGGAGGAGGUGAAGGUGGUGGGCAUGGGAGUGGUGGGUCGAGUAAGAAGGGGCGGAAGGAGAGGAAGGCGAGUGUGAGGUAUGAGGACGAGUUGGAUGGGUAUCAUCGUUGA